AUGCUCUUCACGUACUCGCCUUCGCUCUUCAAGGCCCUCAAGCCCGUCGCCGAGUUCUACGCCCGGGCUGCCGGUCACCGAUCGAUGGGAUUGAAGUGGGACGACCUGUUGAUGGAGGAGCGUGAGGAUGUGCAAAAGGCCAUCUCCCGUCUACCUGAGCGAGAGCAGUACGACCGUGCUUUCCGAAUCAGGACCGCCGUGCAGCAAUCCAUCCUCCACAAGGGUCUUCCCAAGGACCAGUGGGUUACCCCUGAGCAGGACACCCGAUACAUGACCCCCUACGUCCUCCAAGUCGAAGCCGAGAACAACGAGCGGGCAUACUACGACAACAUCGAGGUCGAGAGGAAGAAGUAG